UUUUAGAGAAACCAAGCGAAGCGAAGAGACACAGAAGCAGAGGACGGAAAAGAAAAGGCGAAAACUCGCGGGAUAGAAAAGAGUUGCUGAGGAAGGGAGAAAAUGUCAGGAAGAGGGAAGGGAGGUAAAGGAUUGGGAAAGGGAGGAGCGAAGAGGCAUCGUAAGGUUCUGAGGGAUAACAUCCAAGGUAUCACCAAGCCUGCCAUUCGUCGCUUGGCUCGUCGUGGUGGUGUCAAGCGUAUCAGUGGUCUCAUCUAUGAGGAGACUCGUGGUGUUCUCAAGAUCUUCCUCGAAAACGUCAUUCGUGAUGCCGUCACCUACACUGAACACGCUCGCCGGAAGACCGUCACUGCCAUGGACGUCGUCUAUGCUCUCAAGAGACAGGGCAGGACUCUGUACGGGUUCGGUGGUUAGGAUUUCGGUCGUUUUGGUUGUAUGAAUGUAAGGGGGUUUAGAUUUAGAUUUUUCUGUUUUUGGUGGUUCUUUGUUAAUAUGGAACGAUUGGUGUUUUUGUUCUUCCCUGUUUAAUUCUCAUAGAUGGAAUAUGUUACCUUCAAUUGGAUAUUGAAUGGGAAAAGAGAACGAUCUCAUAUUUGAAUUUGUUCUCAUGUUUCUUUUUUUAUGAAUUUUCCAUUUAUUCUUCGAUUAUCCUUACCAAAAGGGAUUUCUUUUCUUAUUUCUCA